CACAGCCUCCUCCUCCCCUCCGCUCCGGUCCGGCGGUGUACCAAGCUUUCAACUGCACUUCGUGGCCCCCUAUGCCCAGCCCAAAACCCAGCCAGCCUGUCCAACGGCGACCGAACCUCUCGAGAGUCGACACACACCGCACCGCCCACCACCACCCACAUAUACACACACCCAGACGCGCGUUCUACGACUUCCUCCUCGCCAACCCCUUCCUCCCCUCUCCACAGAGCGCCAACAAGAUCUGAAGAGGAGAGGAGAGGAGGCCAUUGGUAGCUAGCUCCGCACCAUCUCUCCUUCCUUCCUUCUCGCUUGGUCGCCAUGGCCACCAUCCUGGAGAACAUCCAGAAGGCGAGGUUCCUGCCGACGAGGCCGCUGAGGGACGACCUGCCCACCUUCCAGGGCGGGGGCGGCAAGGAGGAGGAGAGCCACCUCAUGGGCCUGCGGAAGCGCCUCUCCAGCUUCUCCGGCAAGAUCCAGCCCAUCUCCUCCGCGUCCGCCGAGUGGGCGAUCCGCCGCACCCGCUCCGCGCCGUCGCUCGCCGCCGAGUUCGCCGCCGGCCCGCUCAAGCGCUGGUGGGACUGGGGCGUCGGCUGGCUGCUCUCCAGGAAGCUCGCCGACGACCUCGAGAUGAACGAGGAGGAGGCCGCCGCGCUCGGCCGCCAAAGCCGGGGCACCUGGGCCCACGCCCUCUACAAGCUGCGCUCCUCGGUCCGCCGCCUCGUCGCGUCCGACCACUCGCUUCCCACCACGCACCGCCGCAAGGGCGCCUCCUCGCUGCCCGCCGCGUCCUCCGCGCACCACCACUGCAAGCCGGCCGCGCCGCAGUUCGCCUACACCCAGAGCUUCCAGCAGUACGGCCAGGCAAUGGCGCAUUAAGGAGCACGUUCUUCGGCUGGAGCAGGACUAGGAUCUGGCGGUGGUGUCCGCGAGAUCCAGAUAGAUACUACGACGGGAAGAGGGAGGGGAGGUUCGGGGUCUCAGGUGAGUGAGAUCCAUGGCGAAGAUGCAACGCAGACAUAUCUGGGGAUUUUUAGAGUCGUUAGCUUACCGUGCUGCUUUCUUUUUCUUUCUUGUGGGUAGAUCUGAUGAUGUUUCUACGUAUAGAUACCGAUUGUAUGCUGCUGGUUCUUUCCAUUCUUUUUGGGUUCGUGGGUGCCAUGUAAAUGUUGGUCGAUUCCUUAUGUUUUUGCCUCCUGCGGUAAAUAAAAAGCUAAUGCAGAUUCGUGAUCGUA